AUGACGACACCUGCAAUUCGGAUACCCUUUACGGGUCCAUUGCCGCCAGCUUUAAUAGUUCCACCAUCAGCCAGAACGGUGGCUGGUGCGAUCGACGCUAUCAGUGCCUUCUUAGCUGCACCGCCAUCUAUCGACCUGCGAGGGGUAGAUGUGGGAGGCCAUUCCCAGACGGUUCUACUCACUGGAGCAGGAAUCUCGGUUGAAUCGGGUCUAUCAGAUUAUCGAGGCGAUCAGGGAACCUAUAGACGAAAUACAUCUUAUCGACCAAUAUAUUUCCAUGAAUUCGUGUCGCGGCAUGAGUCACGCAAACGGUAUUGGGCUCGAAGCUUCGUCGGAUGGCCCGGUCUUGUCAAUGCAAAGCCCAAUGCGACUCAUUGGGCGAUCCGAGAUCUCGCGAUGAAAGGAUAUUUAAGCUCUGUGGUGACGCAAAAUGUCGACUCAUUCCAUUCACUUGCUCAUCCAGAGCUGCAAACCCUUGAACUACAUGGGUAUCUACGAUCGGUCAUUUGUACCAGCUGUCGCAACCAAUUUCCGCGAGAAAAGUUUCAGUCAUCAUUGGAGAAACUCAAUCCUGCAUGGGCCGAAUUUCUGGCUCGUAUGGUUGAACAGGGCGCUCUCGAUACCAAUAACCCAGCAGAACAACGGCGAAAAGGCCUAAAAUUGAAUCCAGACGGCGAUGUCGAUCUUGCAGAGGCACCAUAUUCUACAUUUCGAUAUCCUUCAUGUCCGACCUGCUUGGAAAAUCCUCCUGUGUUGCCAGAUGGCACAAGGACCCAAGUCGAGGUGGAACCUGACGGGGCAUGGAUGCCGACAUCUAACGCGGGCAUCUUGAAACCGGCCGUGACUAUGUUUGGAGAGAAUAUCGACCCAGCGGUAAAGGAAGCCGCGGAAGAGGCGAUCGACGAUGCUGGGCGCCUAUUGAUUCUUGGAAGCAGUCUGGCGACGUAUUCAGCCUGGCGCUUAGUCGAACGAGCUCAUAAACGAGGCAUGCCCAUUGGAAUUAUCAACCUUGGCGGGAUCCGCAAUGAAGCCAUGCUAUUUGGUGAUCUGAAUGAUGGACCAACUUCUCACGUUCGGUGCAAUCAUCCUACGCAGUCGAUCCUCCCGACCGUAGUAUCUCGGUUAUCCCGAAACGCGCCGUAA